GCAUCAUGUCUGUCAUUGCCUCUGCUGCCCGCGUUCGGCCCCAGGUUGCCGCUGCCCAGCGGCUCUAUGCCUCGGCGGUCUCCGCUACCGAUGCCUUCCCUGGUACCCCCUCGGUCACGGGCACCGUGCCCGCUUUUGGCAGCAUCGAGACCACCCGCCUCAACAACGGCGUGGUGAUUGCUACCCAGGACAAUGGUGGUGUUGCUUCGGCCAUGACCAUUGCUGUCGGCGCUGGCAGCCGCAACGAGACUGCCGCCACUUUUGGUGCCACUCACUUCCUCCGCAACCUUGCCUUUACGACGACGCAGCAGCGCUCGGCGGUCAAGAUUACCCGCGAGUCUGAGCUUCGUGGUGCUCAGCUUUCUGCCACCAGCGCACGUGAUCACUUGCAGUACAACGCUCGCUUCCUCCGCUCCGACACCGCCUUCGUGUCCGAGCUUGUGGCGGAAACCGUCGCGACACCCAGCCUUGAGGAGUGGGUUGUCGCCGGUCAGCGUGCUCGCGUGUCCGGUGAUGUGGCCGCCAUGGCCGCCAACGGCUACGUGGCCCUGAUCGAUGAUGUGCACCGCGCUGCGUUCCGUGGUACUCCUCUGGGUCGCCCCAUCGUUUGCCCUGCCUCGAGCAUCAACAAGGUCUCUGCCGAGUCCGUGAUCGACUUCCGUAACCAGCUCUUUGCUGGCUCCAACGUUGUGGUGAGCGCCGUCAACGUUGAUCACCAGGCCGUGGUGGAUGCCGUGUCGGACCUGCUUGGCGGUCUGGCCGCCGUCAGCGUUGACCAAACCCAGUCGCAGUACUUUGGCGGUGACUCUGUCAUCCCCACCGAUGAUGCUCAGACCAACGUUGUGAUUGGUUUCAAGGCCCCUGCUGCCGGUGCCAGCGAUGCCCUGGCCGCUCUGGUGGCUCGCAACCUUCUCGGUGGCAACGGAUCCGCUCUCAAGUGGAGCUCCGAUGCCACUGCCUCUCGCAUCGGCGCCGAGGCCGCCAAGGCAGCCUCCGGCCCCUUCCAGGCCUCGGCCUUUGCCAGCCUGUACUCGGACAUUGGUCUGGUCGGCGUGCACGUGACGGCCAACACCGUUGAUGUGAAGCCUGUUGUGUCGGGUGCCGUUGAGGGCAUCAAGGCCGUUGUCGGUGGCAAGUUCACUGACGAAGAGUUUGCCGCUGCCAAGGCCCAGCUUAAGCAGUCAAUCCUGAUUGACUCCGCUGCUGGUCGUGCCCAGGACAUUGCUGCCCAGCUGCUCAACGCCGCUGCUGUCGAGACCCCCGAAGCGGUUGCCAGCCAGGUUGACAAUGUCUCCAAGGACCAGGUUGCCGCUGUUCUCAAGAGCUUCACUGCUCAGCGCCCCGUCUUCGCUGCCCGCGGCAACGUUGACAACCUGCCCUAUUUGGACACCCUCGGCCUUUAA